GAACCGCGAGAAAAGUUUCUUCAGUGUGCGGCGUGCAUGAGUACAAUCCAUUUCUCUGUCCAAAUAACCUCGCGCACUGGUGAUAAAGCCGACAUUGUCGCAACGAUCGCACAAUCGGAAGGUGCAGAAUCAGAAGCUGUCAAGCGUGAUCCCGAAGUCCAGAUGACGUCCCGUACUGAUGAUACCGAAGCGAGAGCUAUUACAAAGGCCGCAGAACGGGAAGGUGCAGAAUCAGAAGCUGUCAAGCGUGAUCCCGAAGUCCAGAUGAUGUCCCGUACUGAUGAUAUCGAAGCGAGAGCUAUUGCAAAGGCCGCAGAACGGGAAGGUGCAGAAUCAGAAGCUGUCAAGCGUGAUCCCGAACUCCAGAUGACGUCCCGUACUGAUGAUAUCGAAGCGAAAGCUAUUGCAAAGGCCGCAGAACGGGAAGGCUCAGGAUCCCCAGUCAAAGACGUAGCGGAAGAGGGAUCCGACACAACGGAAGUAGAAGGCGUGGAGCCCUUUAACGGAAAGUUCGCAGAACCGACAAGGCACGAUGCGGAACAGUCAAUGGAAGACGCAAAAUCCGAUGCAAAAGAAUUCAAAAGCGUGCAGCCCUUCAGCGGAAAGACCGGAGAAGCGGACGCUGCAAGGGCCGCAGAUGAAAAUUUAGCUGAGGGUCUCAAGCACGAUACCGACUACUCAAAAGAAGCAACAAAACCCGAAACAAAAGAAGUCGAGAGUGUUAGCGGAAAGGCCACAGAACCGGAAGGACCCCAAGACCAAAAUGUAACUGAAGGUCUCAAGCGCGAUACCGACUACUCAAUGGAAGAUGCAAAAUCCGAGACCACAGCAGUAGAGGAAGACGUGGAAGCCCCAGCAGCAGGCACAGUCGAAGAAACGAAAUUGCCCAGUGGGACAGCGCCAACAGAGGGUUCUGUGCCGCCUGCAUCGCCCGUAAAGCCCGAAAUUGAAGCCGUUACUGAGAAGUCCGGGGACGUCGACAAAACGGUUACAGAUUUAUCUCAGCAAGCGGAAGAAGCCGAAGGGGCUGUCCCUGUAACCGUUGAGGGCGAAGUCAAGGAGAGUGAGGCUAGCGAGCCGGUUGACCUUUCAGUGCUGGAGGGCAACAAAGUCAACAAAGCCGGGAAUAUCGUUGAUGACAAAGGUACCGUAAUUGGGAGAGUCAUCAGUGGGAAGUUGUCAGCCCUGAUCGGCAGAACCGUCGGCAAAGACGGUAAGAUCUGGGACGACAGAGGCACAAUCGUUGGUGAAGCGGAGGUACUUCCAGAACCCGAGAAAGUAGAGGAAGCACCGUUUGAGGACUUUCCCGACUCCAUAGUGGAUGAGUCGGGUGCUAUCAUCUUUCAGGGCAGGACCAUUGGAAAGCUCGUGACGGGAGAUGCAAAGAAACUGGCCGGGAAAAACGUCGAUGCCGACGGCGAUGUCGUCGAUAGCAAAGGCAAUGUCAUUGGCAAAGCUGAGCGAACCGAAGAGCAAGAGCCUGAACCUGAAGAGGAGACAGCGGUCGAUCUCUCGUUGCUCGCUGGCAAAAAGGUCAAUAAAGCGGGAAAUGUCGUCGAUGAGAAUGGUACAAUGUUUGGCCGCGUCGUUGAAGGCGACAUCACCAAGCUGGUCGGCAGGAAGGUGGACGCUGAGGGCAAGAUCUGGAACGAUGCCGGCAGGAUCAUCGGCCGCGCCGAGCUAGUGCCCCUCGAAGAGCGCGAAAAGCCUGCGGUAGCACCAUUCGAGGACUUUCCCAAUUCUGUAGUCGGCAAGGACGGCAUCGUGAAGUGCGAUGGUCAGACUGUUGGCCGUCUCGUCGAAGGUGACGCAAAGAAGCUGGCCGGCAAGAAGGUCGACGAGGAGGGUGAUGUCCUCGACCGCAACGGCAAUGUGAUCGGUAAAGCUGAGCGCUGGGAAGAGGAAGCAAUUGAAGAGCAGAUGGUCGACCAGUCCGCAUUGGCUGGCAAGCGCGUAAACAAAUACGGCAAUGUUGUCGAUUCUGCAGGGGUCAUCUAUGGCCGUCUGGUGGAAGGCGAUCCAACGAAGCUGGCGGGCAAGAUGUGCGACAAGGACGGUCGCGUCUGGAACGAAGGCGGCACAGUGGUGGGUCGCGCCGAGGUGAUUCCGGAAAGCGAGCGCGAGGGCCAGAAGACCGGCCCCUUUGCAGACUUCUCCGUCGCUACUGUUGACAGAGAUGGCAAAGUUGUCGAUAGUACCGGCGCUACCAUUGGUCGAUUGGUCGAGGGAGACGCCAAGAAGCUCUACGGAAAGAAAGUUGACGCCGAUGGAGAAAUCCUUGAUACCAACGGCAAUGUCAUUGGCAAGGCUGAGCGCUGGGAAGAGGAAGCAAUUGAAGAGCAGAUGGUCGACCAGUCCGCAUUGGCUGGCAAGCGCGUAAACAAAUACGGCAAUGUUGUCGAUUCUGCAGGGGUCAUCUAUGGCCGUCUGGUGGAAGGCGAUCCAACGAAGCUGGCGGGCAAGAUGUGCGACAAGGACGGUCGCGUCUGGAACGAAGGCGGUACAGUGGUGGGUCGCGCCGAGGUGAUUCCGGAAAGCGAGCGCGAGGGCCAGAAGACCGGCCCCUUUGCAGACUUCUCCGUCGCUACUGUUGACAAAGAUGGCAAAGUUGUCGAUAGUACCGGCGCUACCAUUGGUCGAUUGGUCGAGGGAGAUGCCAAGAAGCUCUACGGAAAGAAAGUUGACGCCGAUGGAGAAAUCCUUGAUACCAACGGCAAUGUCAUUGGCAAGGCUGAGCGCUGGGAAGAGGAAGUGCAGGAAAAGGAACCCAGUCCCUUGAAGGGCCACAUUGUCAACAGGGAUGGCAACGUCUUCGACGAUAAAGGCGAGUUGCUCGGCAAGUUGACUGAAGGUGACAUUGCGAAAUGCGCCGGUAAGAUACUCGAUGACGACGGUGAUGUCCUCGACGGAAAGAACAGAAUUGUAGGUCACGUAUCACUGCUGUCUGAUAUUCCCGAGCCGGAGCCGGAGCCGGAGCCGGAGCGCGAGCCGACGCCGGUACCAGAACCGCAGCCUGAGCCGGAGCCGGAGUCGAAGCCAGAGGAACAGCCGGAAACGCCGGAAGAGGCCGAGCGGAGGAGACAGCUAGAGGAGGACAAGAAAAUGGCGGCGCGGAUGGCAAACUGUAUCGAACGGUCGCUGGAUCAGAUCCGCCCCAUAAUGAAGAUGAUCAUGACGCAUAUUGAAGCGGCCGAGAACGUGAGCAAGGAAGAUCUCGACGAAGAGAAACUUGUACAAACCGUGAAACCGCUCAUUGAAGAGGGCAGCCGCAUUUUGCAGGAGACGCACGGCGAGAUCCGUGCGCUUGAUCCCGAUGGUCACAUUCAAGCGAACGCAAAGCAUAAGCCGGAAGGACGUGAUGCGACCCCAGAGGAGUAUCGGUUGGCAGAGGACCUGAAAGAGUUGACCGGCACUGUUGCCGAGACUAUCGAGAAGGCAAAGGUGAAGAUUGCCGACAUGCCACACGCCAAGAAGGAGCUCAGUCCGCUCUGGGGCCUAUUGACAGAACCUCUUUUCCAGAUUUUGGCUGCUGUCGGACUUCUGCUCAGCGGAGUCUUAGGUUUAGUGGGCCAAUUGCUCCACGGCCUUGGCCUCGGCGCCCUCGUCAAUGGUCUACUUGGCGGUCUGCUUGGCGGACUCGGCAUCACGAAGGUGCUCGAGGCCCUUGGUCUCGGCAAGGUGUUGAGUCCUCUGACAGGAAGCAAAAAAAAAUAGCUAUUUGUGCAUAGGCAUAACCUGUAGCCUUUGGACAUGGGUCACAUCAUACGAGAGUUUAGCGGAGUCAGUUUUUUAGUCAGCGGCAUUAGUGCAGUAGUCCAGUAGUCCGUAUAUAUGUACAUCAAUGAUCUGUAUCAUGUAUAGCGUCAAGUCCCACAAUACACAUGGUCGAAG